UCAGCUUGCAAAGUGAUCGGCAUGGAAGUGCUUACAAAAUCGCCUGCUGAGCAGAUCAUUAUUCAAAAAGGGAAUGCUGGAGAAAGCUGCAGCCGAAUGAUGAAGCACCAUUCUCAAGAGCCAUCAACAUCCUCCUCCAAGGAAUCAAAAUAUGUGGAGAUUUAUGAUUUCCCUGGAGGGAGGGGAGAGAGUCCCCAAACUGUAAAACUGACUUUGGCAGGGAAUGGAAGUAAAGUGGCCUUUAUCAGACCUAAAAAUGGACCGUGCGAGAUCAGUGAGGUUAACAGUUUGGCUAACAAUAUGCUGGCAGGCAGAUCUGCAGAUCGAGAAUCCCAGGAUUAUAAAUCUAAAAUGGAAGGCACUCCUUCUCCCAUGGGGAUGAAAGCUGAUGAGGUGGGGGGAAGCAUCACUGGCACCAGCUCAGAAGGGUCUGAGAACACUUUGUCCCCUAGUAUUUCCAACAUUCAGCUUUACACAAAUGGCUGCCCAGAAUCAUCAUCAUCUUCUUGUCCUUCACCGGUACAAGAGUCAGGCAGCUUUCCAAAAAUGGAUGACUUAGGAACAGGGGGGAAAACCUCCUCUUCUUCAUUUGGAUAUGACAGCGAUGAAGACGAUGAUGCAGACUGUAAAGAAAUCUGUCUGAGUAACCAGAGAGGAGGGUGCAGGCGUGCUUCACAAGUGCUACAGUCGCAACACAGCUUCACCAGCGAAAACAACAGUAACAAUAAUGAUGAAGCACAUUAUAUUACAACCCAUGAAAUCCAACUCAGUGAAGUGGACCAUGACAUGGAUUUUGACUACGGAUUAGCCUCGCGGUGGGACUUUGAGGACAACAAUGUGAUCUAUUCCUUUGUGGAUUAUGCUUCUUUUGGAAGUGAAGAGACUCUUGCAGACACACAGACAGAAGAGGAUAAUAGCUGUUAUCUCAGCACGACCACUAGUGAUCCCAAUAAUCAGACAGACAGUAUCGAUAAUACCAGCAGUACAGAGAUAGUCAGCAUUAAUUCUGAAAAUGAUACCCCUAGUACAGACAAAUGCGCCAGCUCGGAAGAAAGUCAGUCCAAGAACCUCAACAGCAUGAGUGAGAAUUCUGCAGGCCAGAUACUCCUAUCAAUCAAACCAACUUCCAGGGCUAUAAAUGAGCCUAGCAACCAGCACAAAAAGCAAAACAUUAUUUAUGCUGCCAAGCAUGAAGGCGACAUGAGCCUCUGUGUCUCCACAGCUCAUGAACGAAAUUCAAGUUUAAAACAAGAUGUGUUUCAUGACUAUGCAAAAAAAUUUAUUGCAGUUCCUGCACGCUUGCAAACAAGGUGUGGAGCCAUAAGAGCAAGAGAAUUGGGAGGAUAUUCAAGUGGUGCUUCUAGUGUGGUAAGUGAGUUGGAUGAUGCAGAUAAAGAAGUAAGAAGCCUGACGGCAAGGGCAUUCCGGAGCUUAGCUUAUCCCUACUUUGAUACCCUGAACUUGAGCUCCAGUGAGUCCUCCACGUCUCUUUCAGAUCACACCCUAGGAAUCAACCGGUGGUCAACUUACUUGGAUUUAAAGUGUGGCAGCCUUGGACAGAAAGCAGAGCAGAAUCUUUUCAAAAGCAGCACUGCACCAACUGGAUGGAACAGAAGCACUGGAACAAAGACAUCCAGUGACCAGUUCUACAUUCACUCCAAUAAGUCACAGACUAAAGCAUUAGAGUUUGUUGUCAGCAAGCUUGAUGGGGAAAUAACGCAUGUUGAAACACCAGCUUGCUUGGAAAAGCGGAUUCAAUCAGGUUCCCGGGUUGUUACUUUGUUGGAGACUUUGAAUUUCAGCAGCAAUAUUAAUGCGGGUGUCCCCAGACCUGCUAAACCUUCUGAAAAUGCUGCUGUUGGAUCAGGUUGCACAGAUGAAGUUACAGAAACACUGCCAAAGGAGCUGGGCAAUGAAGCUUGCAAACAAUCUGGGUUGGCUACAGAAAGCAUGGAAGGGACGCAGAAGAAAUCAAAAUUUGCAUCUAGCCUCCUCAAAAAUGUUAUCUCAAAGAAAAUGCAACUGGAACAUGAGUUCAAAAUGGAAAGGGGAGAGAUCACAGACAACACAUAUUCUGGUAUGUCCAAUUCCUUAUCUUCUAAAGAGGUAGAUGGCACCUCCAAGGAGAAGUUAAGGGAUGGGGGUUUGCAGAGACAGAAUUCUAGAUAUUCAGAAGGCAGCUCUGACUACACUAUUGUAACAGCAGAUGAUUUGGGAGAGUUUUUUGAUAGCAAGUCACCUACUUCCAAGCCAUCUACUCCCAGGGAGGGACAUAUUAGUCUGAAUAGAUCUCUUUCUGAAACUUUCUUAGAGGAGGCGUGCAAAAUAAAAAAGAGUGCUUCUGAAACUCUCAAGGCAACUUUUCUCCGUAGCCAGAAUAGUGCAUUUAGAACAUGGAAAGAAAAAGAAGCAGAGAAAAAGGAGGAAAAAGCUCCAGUGGGAAAACUGAAAAUUUUAUCCAAAGGUGACUGUAAGGCAGAUUUGGGAGAAAUCUCAGCCAGCAAAUCAACUAAAAUGUCACGUCUCUUUGUCCCAAAUAUUCAACAAACAACAAAAGAAAAGCAAUCCAGCAUGCAGGUGUCAAAAUAUUCUACAGCAACCAGCGCAGCAGCUCAGACUGCCAUUGCCACCACAAUGAUAAAGCCCAAACCUCCUGAGAUCAAGAUCAGCUUGGGUAGUGUGCAACAGAACAAAGAUCAUCCUUUCAAUAUUGCUAAGCUCCUCACACCCAAGAUAGCUGGAAGUGUCCCAAACUUUUUCAAGACAAUUGAAGAGACCAGAUGUCCCCAGCAGAAACCAUGCAAAGGGGAGGCUGUGGAUAAAGUGCCUCAAUUUCUGGUACGUGAUGUAAGAGACAGUAAACCUAAGGUCCAAGGGCCUAUCCACCAGGUGAGAGAUGUCCGGAAAUUAAUCAAAAGUAGCUACAGUCGUGAGUCAGGGGAUAACAACAGUGACAGAGGCAGUGUGAAUUCUGAUCAGGGAACCUCUGAACAGAGACCCAAACAGCUGGUGACAGCAGGCAUUCCCAGGCCCCUCUCUCCUAUGGUGAUAACUUGUCAGGCAGUAAGCAACAGCAAAGAGGACAAGAAGGCCAGCAAGACUUCUGAGAUGUGGGCCAAAGCACAUAAUGGAGGUAAGAUGCUGCCUUCCAACCAAGAGGGAACAAUCCUGGUGCACAGGACCUCAGGCAGGCUGCCUGUGGCUACUAUCGCUCCUAACAAAAGCGACCCUCACCAGCCUGCUGUGCUGAAGAUAGUCUCCAAAACAUCUGUGCCCUGGAGGCAGCAACCACAGCCACCACCACAACCGCAACCAACAGUGGAGAAAAGCAGCAAGGGAGGACCAUUGGUGGUAACUGAAGAAGAGGAACCUCCACGGGAAGAGGUGAACAAGGCACCUUUUACAGUGAACCAUCAGGCACUGCAGAAACUUACAGCAGCAGUCCGGAGCAUGGAGGAACUCUACAGCUUCAAUAAAAAUGAGUGGAAGCGCAAGAGUGACCCUCUGCCCAUCACCGACAGCCAUGUCCUGUCCCUCAUUGCCAGCGAGGAACGGACUAUGGGAACCAGUGCCAGGGAAGAAUCAAUUGUAGGUGCAAAGGCUGAGGAACAGGAGACAGGUCAGACUGUGGGAUUAGCAACAUCCCCCAGCAGUACUGCCAACAGCAGGCCUGCCGCAGAACGCCAACCCCGCAGCAAGGCUGCCAACCCAACCAAGAGCACGGAGAAGGUCUCAGCCAAGGCGGCCGCUUUUGAGAGCUUAGCACUGGCUCGAGAGCAGCACCGUGGCCCAGGCUUCCAUGGGGAGACGUCAGCGGUCACAACAGGGGCUGCAGAGAAGAGCAGAACCCCUGUGGGCCCCCGCGGCACCUUCACCUUCAACGCCCAAGCCCAGAAGGCCAAGCAGCAGCCUCAGGAGCCUUCUCCACCACCACCAAGAGGCCUCAAAGGCCAGGCUAGGCCUCGCUCCAUCAAACUCUUCGGGCACAGGCAGGGGUGCCUUGCUGAGCACGACAAGGGUCCCAAGCCAGUAGCUCCCGACUGUGGGAACUACUUGGCCAUCCCUCUCAAGGCAUCUUCUGCUGAGCAGCCGGGGGCGGCGGCUGCCUCCGGAGACGGAGGGGGCCGCGAGGGCCUAGUCUCUGCAACCUCGGCUGCGGCCGCCCUGUACAGCACGGGCAGGAACCAGACGGUCUCCAACCCGGUUAAGGUGCAACAGCAGUCUGAGGAGAGGAGCAGCGGCCCCAACGCAACUGCCGCGCCGCAGCCGCAGCCGCCUCUUCUUCCUCUUCCUCCUGCUCCUCUUCCUCCUCAGGUGAUGGCCGCUGCACCUCAGCUUGAAAUGCCUCCCGCGCAAAUCUUCCCUCAGGCUUUUUCCCUCGCGGCGGCGGCGGCCGCCUUAACAGGCGCCGCCCAGGCCGCGCCUCUGCUGUGCUUCUCGCCUCCCAUGGCCGCGCCGGCCGCCGAGCCGGCCACGUUCCCGGUGCCUCAGACGCAACGCAAGGUGCUGUUGGACCUCAGCACGGGCCAGUGCUAUGUGGUGGACACGCCUGUGCAGCCGCCGCCUCAGAAGCGGCGCCUCUUCGACCCCGAGACCGGGCAGUACGUGGAAGUGCCCUUGCCCGCCCAACCAUCUGCCCCACCGCCGGCCGUGGCCCCCAUGACCCUUCCCAUGUCCUCCCUAGCGCUGGGCACGGCGGCCGGAACCUACGGCGCCCCGGCCGCAGCCUACAUGUUCUACCCCGGCUUCUUGCCCGCCGUCUUGCCCGCCAGCGCCUUGCAGGGCCAGCUCGCCCAGCAGCCCGGCAGCGAGAUCAGCGCCGCCGCCUCAUCCAGCCCCGGGGCAGACAGCCCUUAUUACAUGCCCACGGGCAACACCCAGCAGCAGCAGCAACAACAGCAACAACAGCAACAAGCGGCUCCCGGCGGCGAGGGGAAAGCGCCGCUCAUCAGCAUCACUUCGCAGCCGCUGGGCCCCAGGAUCAUUGCGCCGCCCUCCUUCGACGGCACCACCAUGCGUUUCGUCGUGGAGCAUCGGUGAUGGAGAGGCAGCCGAGGGCUGCUGCUGCUGGUGCUGCUGCGACGGGCACAAAGAACAAGAAGUUCUCCCCCUUAAUCUGAAAACAACUUGGUAAUGCUAGCGUAAGGUGCUGCUGCUUCUUUCUUGUGAAUUUCUCAUGCAUUGCUAUGUACAAAACAAAAGUUAUUGUUUUUCAUGUUUCCAUGCCCCUUGCAUUUUAAAUAUGCAUAAGUUUAAUUUUGCAAAUGUGGACAGAUGACAUAUGGUAUUUUCUGUAAAGGGUUU